AGCCCGCGCGCAUCAUCAAACGAGACAUGCCCGCUGACAAAGUCUUUCUUCGCCUCGCCGCAACUCGUUCGUUUCAUUGUCUAUUCUGGGUUUAACGUCCAUCACCAUGGCGUCCACGACGCAGACGCCGCCAGCCCACCUGCGGGUCCUGCGCAAGUUCGGCAUCAACGAGACGUACCAGCUGGCCAUGUAUCUCCUUGAUCAGUAUCGGGGGACAUCUCUGUCCUGCCGCUACGCGAUCCCGGCGCGCAUGGCAAGCCCGGAAUCGCGUCCCCAGCUCGAGCAAGCAGUCACCGCUGCCGUGCUGGACAUCAUCGCCAAACACCCGAUGCUGCAGGUCGGCACCAAGAACGCGACAGCCAAGACUCCCUCAUGGGUACAGCUCCCGCGCCUGAAUCUGUCCGAGCACAUCCAAUGGCUGUAUCUCGAGGCCAACGACGACUUUGCGCAACGGGUGCAGCAGGUAUUUGCCGAGCAGCUGGACGACAAGUACCCUGACUUUGAAGAAUUUUUACCACACUGGAAAGUCACUGUCAUCCGGCAAGGCCCGGCCUCGACAGAGAUGGAAGUCCUGCUCACGUGGAACCAUCAGCACUUUGACGGCGCAGGGGCCCGGGUCCUCCAGGAAGACCUGCUCGCCUCGCUCAACGCCAUGCUUAAUGCAGAUAGCAAAGACAAGAGGUCUACGACCGCCCAGGCUUCGACGCUACCCACCAACACCCUCACGCUUCCAUCGUCUCCACCACCAAACCUGCCAGUCCCCAUUGAGAAGCUCGCCAAGCUGUCCGUCGGCGUCGGGCAUUUCCUCCGCACAGUCUACCAGGAAACACGCCCGCCCAUCCUGACCCGCGACCCUUCCUUUGCGAAGUGGUGUCCCAUCCGCAGCGGCGUUCCCUACAAGACGCAGUUCCGGUGCUUCGACGUCGACGCGGCGGCGCUGAAGACGCUCAUCGCCUCGUGCAGGGAGAACCAGACCACCAUCACCGGCCUGAUGCACGGGCUCGCGCUGGUCUCGUUUGCGAGGCACUUGCGCAAGGACAGAGCCACGGCUUUCCAGUGCUCCACGGUCAUGGAUCACCGACGCAAUCUGCCGGCGGACGGCACGGCAGAUGGGCCCUGGGGAGGAAAGGAUCGGGCGCACAGCUCGCAGCUCGUCGCGAGGAUACGUGGCCUGCUUGACCCCCUUUCGCGGGAGAAAAUGGGCACGGAAUAUUUCUUGUCCACCGAGCUGGUCCGUGAAGUGUGGGCGGUCUCGGCGCAGUCGCGCAAGGAGAUUGCCCGACAGCUUGAGCUCGGGCUCAAGAACGACAUUGUGGGCAUGUUCAAAUUUGUCGGGGACUGGCAGCAGACUAUGAAGGAAAUGGCCAAGAGGCCACGACAGUUCAGCUGGCUCGUCACGAAUAUCGGUGUUCUCGAUGGGCAAGGGAAGCGUGGUGGUGGUGAUGGUGGUGGUGUUGAGAAUUCUGUCGGGUGGUCUAUCACCAGGGCACAGUUUGGACCCAGCGCCGAGACGCCCGCAGGUGCGAUCGAGUUCUCGCCUGCCAGCGUGGCUGGUGGCGCGAUGUGCGUCGGUGCAAACUGGCAUGACUGUGCGGUGGACGUUGAGCUGGGAGAGGCCGUGGUGGGAGACAUGGAGCGAUGGCUGAACCAGCUGGCCAGAGAGAAGUAGACCAGUAAUAGUGUGCGUCCAGCGCGGGUGUAGUUUGUAGAAGAACAAUAAUUCAUUUAGACUAUUAAUACAAUCUGGAUUUAGUUGCA